AUGGAAAAUCCCGUGUUGCCAGUAACCAACCUUGGGGAUGAGAACACCAUUGUUGUUGAAAACAAUAGCGGUGGGAACGACAACAAUGUUGCACAUUCCCAGGCACCAUUGAAUGUAGGUUCACAGGGCGGUGUCAACUCUGAAGGGUAUAUCCCCACGAUGAGGGUACCACCGGUACCAGGUGGUUCGGCCGAAAAGCCGGACAAGUUUACGGGGUCGUACUUUAAGAGGUGGCAGCAAAAGAUGUUGUUCUCCCUUACUACUCUUGGCUUGUCACUAUUCUUGAUCGAGAGGGUUCCUGAGUUGAAGGAACAAAACCCUCAGCCAAUGAUGGUAGUUGGGUAUUGGAAGGAUUCUGACUUCCUUUGCCGCAACUACAUACUGAAUGGGUUGUGCGACUCCCUUUACGAUGUUUAUCGUAAGAUUGACACAGCUAAGGCGCUAUGGGAAGCUUUGGAUCACAAGUACCGAAGUGAGGAUGUCGGGCCAAAGAAAUUUGUGGUUGGCCGGUUCCUUGACUUCAAAAUGGUGGAUUCAAAGACUGUGCUCAGUCAGGUUGAAGAUUUGCAAUUGAUCUUCGAUGGGAUCCGUGACGAGGGCAUGGUGAUAAGUGAAGCCUUCCAAGUGGCGUCCAUGAUCCACUUGUUGCCACCAGGAUGGAAGCACUUUAAGAACUACCUGAAGCACAAGCGGAAGGAAAUGAGCCUGGAGGACUUGAUCCAGCGACUCCGAGUUGAGGAGGGAAAUAUGAACAUUGAUGGGAAAUGA